AUGGAGGUCAAUAAUUCAUCUACAGCACAUGUGGUGAGUAGUGGCCCAGAACUUACUCAUCACGACCAUCACAAGUGGCAACAACAACAACAACAACAACAACAACAGCAGCAGCAGCAGCAACAACAACAAGUACAGCAACAGCAACAGCAAACUCAUUCACAUCACCAAUUACAUCAUCUUUCAAAGGACAUGUCUAACGCCCAGCUUCCGCCAAAUAACGCUAGUGCUGAUACACAUCAGUCACUGCAAAAUCCACUCUUUGAACCCCAUCUGUCCACAAAUACACUUCACAGAGUGACUUUCCUUGACUCUGGGAAACCCCUCACAAAGGCUGAUGUAAACAAGGAACAAGAUUGCGCCCCGAAUCAUCCACCAAUAACAUCACUUACAAAUGACGUGAUGCCAACUGAAUCUUCCACAACGACAAAUCAGCUCACGGGAAGAAAAGCAGCUCGAUCUUUACGAAUAUUCAGAAACAUAGGUCAAGAUGGAGCGACUAUGGAGGAAGAAGUACCCAACGAGGGUAACAAUCAAGUAAAGUCAUCAUCAUUGGCAGAACAACUAGGUGCAACGGAGACUGAACUCGAGCCGGUAUCAUCUGCAACUUAUAUUCCUCAUACUCCAGCAACAUUGGAACACAAUCGUGCCAAUUUGGAUGAAGUUGUGCCUCAUGAAAUUCCUUCAUCUGUCGCACCAGUGUUGGCUGUGCGGCCUCAACACUUGACUGCUAAUUUGGAAUUUGAUCACGGCCUCAACGGCGACAUCACCAAGAUAAUCUCCAUAUUGGAUCAAAAUAAAGCUUCUGAGAGUGAUGCUGAGAAUAAUGGUUUUGCUUCGCCCACUGUUUCGCGCGUGUGCAGUCCCAGUAAGGAACUUUACGAAGCGGACUUAGUCAAUGAGUACCGGAAGCUAGCCGAUGACAAAGAUUUAAGUGGCUCAGGCUCGUCACCAGCAGAGACGGAAUUUCCAUUAGCUGUGGAGUUGCGACCAUUUAAGAAUAAAGUGGGUGGGCACACUGCCAUUUUCUCAUUUUCCAAGGAAGCCGUUUGCAAAGCACUCGUAAAUAGAGAAGAUAUUUUCUACGAAAGUAUUGAAAUCCAUCACCCCGAACUUUUGAAAUUUAUGCCAAGGUAUAUUGGCGUUUUAAAUGUGCGAUAUUCUAGUUUAAUCAAGGAGAAUGACGACAUUGUGGAGGUUACAUUGGACGACAAUGUCGAGCAACAAGAUCUGAAUUUUAAUGAAGCGCAAAAACUACGCCGCAAAUCAGGAGAGGAUAUACCCCCUGAAGUUGUUUUAGACGACAAUAUACACAUCAUACCGGAGACCUUGUGGAAACAUUAUUCAGAGUCCAUGCCAUCGCCUAAAUCGUCGCUUAUAAACAGUCCCAAACAAAGUCCAAUUCCAAGUUUAACCAAUUCCCCUUCACAGCGGCCAAAUCCGGGAUCAACGUUGGUCAAUACGGAAUUGCAAUGUCAAGUUUUACAAGAAGUCUUCCAACCAUUGAGACUCCAUGAUGAGUUUUUUGAGAUGGAUGAGGAUAGAGAGGUGGGUGUGCAUCAUCAACGCACUUUUUCUCAACCAAGUGAAGACCAAGUGUUGCUACGCAAGCACACUCGAUUUGAACGCUUUAUCUUGCUUGAAGAUUUAACAUCCCACAUGAAGAGACCUUGUGUUUUAGAUUUGAAGAUGGGUACAAGGCAGUAUGGUGUUGAUGCAUCUGUCAAAAAGCAACAGUCGCAAAGACAAAAAUGUUUGACAACAACGUCACGAAAAUUAGGUGUGAGAUUAUGUGGGCUCCAAAUUUUCAAGUAUAAUGACCAGAGGUUGGUUAGAGAUAAAUAUUUCGGCAGAAGAAUCAAAAUUGGAGUUCAGUUUUGCAAAGUGCUUGCGAAAUUUUUAUACAAUGGCAGAGACGUCUACUCCAUUUUACUCCGCAUCCCGCUGUUGAUCGACCAGUUGCAGGCAUUGUAUCUGAUAUUCAAGAACUUACCUGGAUAUCGCAUGUACGGGUCCCUGAUUCUUUUGAUGUACGAAGGUGGAGCUGCUGCUACUACUACUACUACUACUACUCAGAAACAAGAACAACCAGUCAGUGUCAAGAUUAUCGAUUUUGCUCAGUCAGUUAUAUCUGAAGAAGAAAAAGAGCAUGUCAACAUCCCACCAUCGCAUCCGAAUUUAGUGGAUUAUGGCUAUUUACGAGGAAUUCAUUCAUUAAUCUAUUAUUUUUCAAAGAUUUUCCAGAUCUUGACAAAGACAAACAUUGGUGACGUUGGAGGGAUGAACAAUUGGAUAAUGAACCAUAAGCACGAAUUGGACGCAAAUUGUCCCUGGUUGGAUGAUUAUGCUGAAGUUGAAGGUGAGAUUGAUGGUGGUGUAAAUAAUAUUGAACUUAAUGACCCAUUUAAUGUUGAUUUUACAAUUGAUGAAAAUGAUAAAAAUAUAUCUGAAUAG